UCGCUCUCUCUCUCUCUCUCUCUCUCUCUCUCUCUCUCUCUCUCUCUCGUGGCAACUGUAGCUCGCUCACUUCCGGUUCAACAUGGCGGCUUCCAUGGCAUCCCGGUCUGUCUCUAGAGCACUUCGCGAAACUGCAACCAUACCGUUACUUCUCAACAGAAAUAAGCUGGUAAGAGUGAACCCCAGAAGAUGGCUGAACCUUCAGGAGUACCAGAGCAAGAAGCUGAUGCAGGAGUGUGGCGUGGCCGUCCAGCGCUUUUUUGUCGCCGACACCGGUGCCGAGGCCCUAGAGGCUGCCAAACGGCUAAAUGCUAAAGAAAUUGUUCUGAAGGCUCAGAUCCUGGCAGGAGGCCGAGGCAAAGGGGUGUUUGACAGUGGCCUGAAAGGUGGAGUGCACUUAACCAAAGACCCGGCGGUAGUGCAAGAGCUGGCCGAUAAGAUGCUCGGCUUCAACCUGACCACCAAGCAGACGCCGAAGGAGGGCGUCAAGGUCAACACGGUGAUGGUGGCUGAGGCUCUAGAUAUCUCCAGGGAGACGUAUUUCGCCAUCCUGAUGGACCGCGCGUGUAACGGGCCUGUGAUGGUGGGCAGCCCGCAGGGGGGAGUGGACAUCGAGGAGGUGGCAGAGAAAACACCAGAGCUUAUCUACAAGGAAGUCAUCGAUAUUUUUGAAGGCGUUCGAGACGACCAGGCGCUGCGCAUGGCAGCUAAUUUGGGCUUCAAAGGGCCGCUGGAGAGGCAGGCUGCAGAUCAAAUUAAGAAGCUGUACGAUCUCUUCCUGAAAGUCGACGCCACUCAGGUGGAAGUGAACCCACUCGGCGAGACUCCCGAAGGACAAGUCGUGUGCUUCGAUGCCAAAAUCAACUUCGAUGACAACGCCGAGUUCCGUCAGAAAGACAUCUUUGCCAUGGACAACACUGCCGAAAGCGAUCCCAUAGAGACCGAGGCGGCCAAACACGACCUCAAGUACAUCGGCCUGGACGGCAACAUCGCGUGUUUUGUCAAUGGUGCUGGCCUUGCCAUGGCAACCUGUGACAUAAUUGACCUGCAUGGAGGAAAACCGGCAAACUUCCUGGACCUGGGAGGAGGUGUGAAGGAGAACCAGGUGUACACUGCUUUCAAACUGCUCACUGCUGAUCCAAAGGUGGAGGCCAUCCUGGUGAACAUUUUUGGUGGGAUUGUGAACUGUGCUAUCAUCGCUAAAGGUAUCACUAAGGCCUGCACAGAGCUGGAGCUCAAGGUGCCCCUGGUUGUCCGGCUGGAAGGAACCAACGUUCAGGAGGCUAAGAGGAUCCUGUCUGAGAGCGGCCUCCCCAUCACUUCAGCCAGCAACCUGGACGACGCCGCCAAGAAAGCAGUGGCUUCUCUAACCAAGAAAUAACACACACACAUACACACACACACACACAUGCACACACACUCAGCCUUACUCACUCAAACCUGUUCCUCACCCCAAUCUUCUUGUCAAUCGAACAGUAGGCUGACGUUUUUAACAGAAGAACUCGUCCCUUACGGAUCGUUCAGUGUGUUAUUUCAGCAUCCACUCAUCACCAGUCGUCUACCAUUUACUCAGUGCCGCGUCACCUCUUAUACACUCGUCUGGAUUUUGUUUUAAUUCCCGAUAUUCUGUCUGAAACAGAAACGUUACGCCACACCAGCAUGUCCACAUCUGCGCGGCGAGCCGAGAUAGAGAUCGCACGACGAAACGCAGCAUUCUCUCACUGCACGCCAUCGAACGCUCGCCGAUGCUUAUCAUCGUCAUCACUGUGAAAUGGGCUGCAAACCCUACUAUUGAUUUCUUAAGCUUCUUAUAGUGUGAACUUCAGCACCGUUACAUCUGCAGGAACUUUUUAUUUCUGAAAAUAGGAAGUCAAGCAAAUGUCGAGUAAAAGCAGAGCACCGACUGAUCGAACACUGUUCGUCAAUUUUGAUCAAAUUUGAAAAAAAAAAAAAAAAAGUCAUUCCCCAAAAAACUUUCCUAAUCUAAUAAUUCCUAAUAAAUAAUUCCUGAUAUUCCUAUUCCUAAAAU